AACCCAACUCUGUUUCAGAUCCCGCUUUUCAAAAUGAAGGACAUGAUCCUGAUCCUGUGCCUCCUGAAAAUGAGUUCUGCGGUGCCGGCGUUUCCCCAGCAACCUGGGACACCAGGCAUGGCUAGUUUGAGCCUUGAGACAAUGAGACAGUUGGGAAGUUUGCAGGGAUUAAACAUGCUUUCUCAGUAUUCAAGAUUUGGCUUUGGGAAAUCAUUUAAUUCUUUGUGGAUGCAUGGUCUCCUCCCACCACGUUCCUCUUUACCAUGGAUGAGGCCAAGGGAACAUGAAACUCAACAGUAUGAAUAUUCUUUGCCUGUGCAUCCCCCACCUCUCCCAUCGCAGCCAUCCCUGCAGCCUCAGCAGCCAGGACAGAAACCUUUCCUCCAGCCCACUGGUGUAUCCUCCAUCCAGAACACAGUCCAGAAAGGAGUACCUCAGCCUCCGCUUUACCAGGGACUUCCGCCCUUGCAGCAAUCAGAGGGACCAAUGAUUCAAGAGCAGGUGGCACCAUCAGAAAAGCCACCAGAGACCGAGCUACCAGGAAUGGAUUUUGCUGAUCCACAAGAUCCACCGAUGUUUCCAACAUCCCGUUUGGUAUCUCGGGGACCAAUGCCACAAAAUAAACCAUCUCCACUUUAUCCAGGAAUAUUUUACAUGACCUAUGGAGCAAAUCAGUUGAACGCUCCUGGGAGACUUGGCUUCAUGAGCUCAGAAGAAAUGGUGGGAGGAAGAGGAGGCCCUAUGGCCUAUGGAGCCAUGUUCCCAGGAUUUGGUGGCAUGAGGCCCAGGCUUGGAGGGAUGCCCCCCAAUCCAGCCAUGGGCGGGGACUUUACUCUGGAAUUUGACUCCCCAGUCGCUGGAACCAAAGGCCCUGAGAAGGGAGAAGGAGGUGCACAAGACUCCCCUGUGCCAGAGGGCAACCCAGUGGAUCCGGAAAACCCAGCUCUCCUUUCAGCGGUAGCACCUGGUCCCCUCGGAGGGCUUCUCGCCAACCCUAAAAGCAAUAUUCCCAACCUGGCAAGAGGCCCUGCAGGGCACAGCAGGGGACCCCUCAGGGUCACCCCAGCAGACGCCGACCCACUGAUGACCCCUGGUUUAGCUGAUGCUUAUGAGACCUACGGUGCUGACGAGACCACAACUCUGGGUCUCCUGGAAGAAACGACCAUGGAUUCCACAGCAACCCCUGACAGCCAGCACACAUCGAUGCCAGGAAACAAGGCCCAGCAGCCCCAGAUGAAGCGUGAUGUGUGGCAUUUCCAAGAGCCCUGA